AUGAAUAAUAUCACCAUUGUUGGUAGUGGUAAUUGGGGAAGUGUUGCGGCAAAGCUUAUUGCUUCUAACACCAUCAACCUCAAUUCCUUCAAUGAUGAAGUUAGAAUGUGGGUAUACGAAGAAACUUUACCAAGUGGAGAGAAGCUCUCAGAUGUCAUCAACCAAACCAAUGAAAAUGUUAAGUAUCUCCCAGGAGUGAAGCUUGGCAAAAAUGUAGUUGCAGAUCCAGACCUUUUAAAUGCAGUGAAAAAUGCAAACCUGUUGGUAUUUGUAACACCGCAUCAAUUCAUGGAAGGAGUAUGCAAAAGGCUUGACGGGAAAAUAAGGAAAGAUGCAGAAGGGAUUUCCCUUGUUAAAGGGAUGGAGGUGAAGAGGGAAGGACCAUCCUUGAUCUCUACUUUAAUCUCCAAUCAAUUGGGAAUCAAUUGUUGUGUAUUAAUGGGAGCCAAUAUAGCAGAUGAGAUUGCAAAGGAGGAAUUUAGCGAGGGGACUGUUGGAUACCGCCGUGACAAAGAAGCUGCAGAGAGAUGGGUUCAGUUGUUCAACACUCCUUAUUUUAGUGUGACAUCUGUUCAGGAUAUUGAAGGUGUUGAAAUGUGUGGAACCCUGAAAAAUAUAGUGGCUGUAGCUGCAGGUUUAAUUGAUGGCUUGAAGAUGGGAAAUAACACAAAAGCUGCAAUCAUGAGAAUUGGUCUGAAAGAGAUGUUAGCAUUUUCGAAGUUGUUGUUUCCAUCUGUUAAAGACAGUACAUUAUUUGAGAGCUGUGGUGUAGCUGACCUUAUCACAACAUGCUUGGGUGGAAGAAAUAGGAAAGUUGCUGAGGCUUUUGCACUAAAUGGGGGAAAGAGGUCUUUUGAUGAACUUGAAGAACAGAUGCUUAAAGGCCAGAAAUUGCAGGGUGUAUUAACGGCAAAAGAGGUUCACGAGGUUCUGGUGAUUCGCGGAUGCGUAGAUAUGUUUCCUCUCUUCAAAGCAGUGUAUGAAAUCAGCUCAGGUUUCCUUCCACCAACAGCUAUAGUCGAGUUCAACAAUAACAUCCCCCACCAUAGACAAAACAAGCUCUAG